GUGUCCACGUGUGUCGGUGGAGGCCGCGCCGCGAGUGAGUGCUGGGUCAGGGUUGGUGCUGGGGGCUGCGGCUGCACUGACCGCCGAUCCCUCCCCACCUCUGCCCGCUACGGUGAGGCUCCGCCACCCCGCUGGAGAUGUCUGGGGCGCGGGAGAAGAAGCGAGCCAAGAAGAUGAGGAACCAGCCAGCCAGCGUCACGCUGCCCGCAGAUCCGGGGCCCUUCGCCGGCGGCGGGAGCAGAGCCUGCCCGCCCCCAGGAGAUGUUCGUUCUGAGCAGCAGCAGAAAUUUUCAAAUCAGUCAUCUGGGCCUCUUUACAGGAAAGACCAGCAUUUUUCAAAGGGGCAAAGUAGAGGAGAGAGAGGCAGAGGAAGAGGAGGAUGGCAAGGAGGACACCAGAGUGUAUCUGAGGAUAUGCCAAAAUUCAUAACAGUGUCUACCUUUGCUCAAGCUCGUGCUGCUGAGAUCAGUGCUAUGCUGAAGGCAGUUUCGCAGAAGUCUUCCAACUCUCUGGUUUUCCAGACCCUCCCCAGGCACAUGCGGAGGCGAGCGAUGAGUCACAACGUUAAACGCCUACCCAGGCGGCUCCAAGAGAUGGCCAGGAAAGAGGCAGAGAAAGCUGUACAUCAGAAGAAAGAACAGUCAAAGACUAAAUGCCGCAAAGCUAGAAGACGCCACAUAAAUUUGGUAGCAGAGUUUAAUCACAGGCAAAGAAAGAAUAUUUGGCUGGAAACCCAUAUUUGGCAUGCAAAGAGAUUUCAUAUGGUAAAGAAAUGGGGAUACUGUUUAGGAAACAGCCCUACAGAGAAGAGCUACAGGGCUUGUUACCGAGCCAUGACAAAGCACUGCCUUCUUCAGGACUUAUCAUACUAUUGUUGCCUGGAGUUGAAGGGUAAAGAAAGUGAGCUUCUGAAGCAACUUGCUCGAAUGUGUAGCAUUGACACAGGAUUGACAUUUCAAGAGGCUUGUUGUCUGUCUGGAAGAUUUGAGGGGUCCCUGAAUCUUUACAGAGCAGAUCGCUAUCCUGAGGAUAUGCUUGGUCCUGUCACAUUUAUUUGGAAACCCAGGGAUGGGUCUGAAAACAGACAGCUGUGGAUCUGGGUGCAUCCAGCUGUCAAGCAGGACAUACUGAGGGAGUUAAAAGCAAUUUUUCAGUGUUCAGAGCCUGAAGAAAUCUGUAUUACUGAGCCUGUUACAACAUCAAUUCAAGAGGAAAAACAAGUGGAAAUUGUUACAAGCCUUGGCAAUAAAAGAAAGAGGGAGGACAAAGAAGGAGAAAAAGCUGUGCCAGUGAAAAAAAUAAUUGGUGAUGGCACUAGAGAUCCAUUCCAGUCCUACUCUUGGAUUGCACGGACUACUGGCAUUGUGAUCAGCGACAGAAGCAUGGAGAUUCUCAGAUACCGGCUGAUUGGGCCAUUGUCACACUCUGUCCUUACAGAGACCCUGAAAGCAGCUUCUGUCCAAACAGAGAUGGCAGAUUCAGAGACAGAACUGAAUAAGUGGUGGGUAGAAAACUGCAAGGACUCUGAAAAAGUCUCUCUUCAUCAACAUCAAAGUGCUAUCUUUGAGCUAUUGGAAGGGAUGAGCUCACCAUCAGAUAUGCUACCAGGUACAAUACUUGGCCUCACUGUUGGAGAUCCUCGAGUCAAUUUGCCAAAGAAGAAGGCAAAAGCCAUGCCAGACUUUGAAAAAUACCAAGAUAAUGAUAAAGUUAGGCAGCUGUACCUGAAGGGUGUACCUGCAGACUGUGCUCACAGCUUUAUCUGGGACCAUGACAUCUGUAAGAACGUCACUGAAAAUAAAAUCUCAGAGCAGGAUUUAAACCAUAUGAGAGCUCAGUUACUGGUACCUGGAUCACACCUUGAUUUGGGUCCUUGUGAAUCUAAGAUUCCCAUACUGUUGGUGCAGCAGCCAGGGAAAGUGGCUGGAGAAGAUCGACCAGGAUGGGGGAGUGGCUGGGAUAUCUAUCUUCCAAAGGGCUGGGGCAUGGCUUUCUGGAUUCCUUUUGUGUAUCGAUGCGUACGAGUCGGGGGCUUGCAAGAGGCAUUGAAGCAUUCUGAAUACCAAAGAACACCUCACACUCCAAAUGAUUUCCCAGACUGCCAGGCAGGAAUGCAGUUUGCCAAAGAGCUGGAAACCAGUCUUCUUGAAAAAUUCAAACGACGUCCACCUGCAAAAAGGGCAAAUUAUGUCAAGCUGGGCACUCUGUCUCCUUUCAUCUGUCCUUGGGGGCAACUUACCAAGAACUGGGAAGGAAGAAUGAAGGCUUCAGGAGGAUUUUUGUGUCCUCCUUCCCCGCACUCUGACUGCUGCACAACUGAAGGGCAGACCCAUUGUGACCCCAGAGCAGAAGCAGUCAGAGAAGCUUCCUCUGAGACUGGUGAGGCAGAGGAGAUCAUGGAAAUAACAAGUUCUGAAGCUGCCCUAAAGACAGAGGAUGUUACAAGCACCCAAGAUUUUGGUGAGAGAGAUGAAACGAAGACAUGUGACUUUAUUGUUCUCAGGAGUGAGAAACUACUAAUGCAGUUAUCAGCCUGGUGUUACCCCACUGCUGGGAAAGACCGGCGCAUCCGCCUCAUUUCCCGGCUGGGACAGAAGGAAAUGACUGAAGAGGUUUUUUUGCCUAUCUUGAAGAGCUACCCACGGGCUCUCGUCUGGGUCAACUUGUCACUCUUGAGAAAGGGGAACCCUGAAUUACAUGCCAUGAUCUGCAUCCCAACAGAAGAUGACUUGCUGCAUCUAAGGAAAGACAAACUCUUCUGUGGUCCACAAGAACCCAAACAUCGUGACAUAUUCAAGGACAAGAUACAGAAGCAAAAAGAGGGGAAGAAGAAGAAGAAAAAGGAUAACAUGGAGUCUCUAGAGACUGACCCUGCAGGCAUUCCAGAUGAAGAAGCAACUGAGGACCAUGAAGACCUCAUUCUUGGUCUUUGGUCAGGUGCUCUCCCAGAUGUUACUUCCCACUGCUCCAGGACUGUCUUGGGGUAUGUCACUCAAGGGGAUUUUUCAUUGGCUACAGGCUGUGGAGAAGCUCUGGGUUUUGUUAGCUUGACUGGGUUAAUUUAUAUGUUAUACAACCAGCCAGCAGAUAAAAAAGGGCUUGUUUUGCUAAGGACUCCAGCAUCUUUACAGUACAGAUUUGCAAGACUUAAUAUUGAGGUUUAAGCAUCAUUGCAGUGCAGUACAAUGCCAAAAAUACCAAAGAAUUCUGCUUUGUAUUCUAUUAACUUUUCUGAUUUGUCUGAAAUUUGAGGUUCUUCUGAGUCCAAACAUCUCCAAGAUUAUGAAAUAAUAAAAAAUCUUUUUAGCAUUAUUAAACAAAAUAACUAAUGCAUAAAGAGACUAGAAUUACUUUUGAUAAGUAAUUGCUAAGGAUUUCUAAUAGAUUAUUAUCAUGAUCUUCUUUAUCUCUAAAGUGUGUUCUUCACUUGUUCUCCUCAAAGCUGUGGAUGCUAUAACAAUGUACAGGAAAUCAUCAUCUUAAUUUUAGAAGUCUUUGCUCAGAUGGACUGUAAAUUUACAGUGCACUUUCACAUGUAACUGCAUGCAGGCUGAUCCAGUGUAUGUAACAAGUGGCUUUGCUGAUUCCUCGUAUCUGAAUACAUGUGGCUGCAGUACAACAGAGCUAUGUAGAGAUAACUGAAUGCUUAAAUGAAAUGCAAAUAAAAUAUAGCCCAGCUAUGACAUUUUGAAUUACAGCAACUGGAGCUUUUAAAUUGGAAAGCACAUCAGUCUGCCUCCCUAGCUGAAAGGUAAUGAGCCUUUCAGAUGCAAAUUGCUAGUGGUGGGUCAGCACACAUUUUUCUGUUGAUAAUAAGGGAUAUUUUUGUUCCUCAAAACAUGAAUUUUAUUUUGUAUGGGAUCUGCUAGAAUUGAAGUCUUCUUCAUGUUACAGAUUGGUUCAUUAAUAUUGUUUAAACAAUCAUAAAACUUGUAAAAUAUGCUGGGGGUAAAGGGAGAAAAGUAUUUGAUUUGCCUAGGGCAGUGUGGGUAGGUUGGUUGUGUUUAGUAUUUUGUCGGGUUGGUUGUUUUUUUAAAUGAUAGCCUUAAGAAUCUAGCCAUUCCUGAGUUAAGGAACUUGAAAAGGAAUUUACAGUAAUACACUGUAGUUUAGUGACAGCAUGAUACAAAUAUAUGCUAGUCGGUAAAAUUAUCCUGAAACGAUUAUGUACAAAUAAAAAUGUAAUGUAUUCUUGAGUUAGUAGUCUAGUGACUAAGUUUGAUUCUUAGAGAAAUUAAACAUGGAUCAGUUAAUGACUUUUUCUUUCUAAAUGUCAGUCUUCAACUUAAUUUCCUCUUUCACAGUUUUGUUUGAAAGUCUUAGGCGAAUUUAUUAAUGUUGGCUGGAGUUGUUGGAGGAAAGAUUUAGUGUGCCUUACCCCCAAAAUUAUUAAAAUGUAGGACCAUUUAAAUAUGGCACACACAUGGGGAAGGAGGAAGAACAUCUGAUUGCAAGGGAAGUAUUGGAAGUGGGGCUGUAUUUUUUUUUUGAAGACUUCAGAAGAUGGAUUGUGGAACGGGCAGCAGCAAUGGCAGUUGUGGUGGCAUAUGGGAAAGGAAGAUGCAGUUUCCAGCACAGCUUGGAUUGCAGCUCCCUGAGAAAUCAUGCUGAAUGGCUCCUCACUGCUCACCUUUGAUGCACCUGAUAAAGCAAUCAUGGUCCCAGAAAGGUCCUGGGAAGCAUCUGCAGGAAAGCCAGCAGAUGGCCCCAGAGGAAAGAGCUUGGUGCUGGCAGGGCUGGGAUUCACACGCUCCUGGCGUGUGACUGUGAGUGCUGCAGUCUGUAGGUAUGUGUGAAUGAGGAACCCCUUAAACUUUACAGCCUGGCUGCUCUGAUCAAGUUCUCUCAUGGUAAUAAUCCUGGAUUUGAUGAACCCUUGAACUGUAAGCCCGACUGAAAUAUUUCUAGGAUCACAGUUUCCAGAGCUGUGCUUCAUGGGAAGAAAGGAGGAGAGGUGAUGUUUAUAUGUUUUUUUUCCCUCAUCACCUCCUUCAUCUUCUUAAUAGAUACAUAUUUUCUUGCCUCAAUAGACCUGGCUUGUAUGUGAGAAAGAAAGAGAAGCCCCCACCCAAGCUAGCAUUUUUUCUUUUCUGCUUGUAGGUCUUUUGUUCACUGAGUCUUUCCCAGGUUUUUAUUUUUUAAAAAAACAUCUGGAGUCUUUCCUUUUUUUUUUCUUCCUAUUGGUAAUUUCUGCCAGGUUUUCAUUUUGACACUUCCUGUUACUUUUCUUUGAUUUCCACUCUCUAUUUUUGAUUUAUGAUCCUUGUCUCUGGUGAGCCAGUGAAUAGAAACUGGAACCCAAGUGCAUCCUGUUCUGUAUAUCUUGUAAUAUUGUUACACAGUUGUUUUCCUGUAAGUCAAUGAUUUAUGCCUUAAGACUUCACUCCUUGUAAAAUACACUGCAAACCAGAUAAGUUAAAAAUGCUCAAAACUCUCAGCCAAAAUUUGUCAGAAAAGUACUGUGACUUUAUGUAGCUGCAAGGAAAUUUUUAUCUGUGGUUGUGAUUUCCAGAUUCCGGGUGUCUCAAGGGUGAUUUAGUCAUAAAAACCAUGUCAACACCGGAUAAUCAAACUGUGGAUAAUUAAACCUGUGUUAUCUGUGCAUCAGCUGUACAGUAUGUCUGUGCUCAUCAUGUUGAAUCAGGUGUAGUUUACAGCACACAUCUGCUCUUACUGCAGUUGCUACACGUUGGUUAACUACCCUAGAGCAUCUGGAACAGCUCCUGUGGGCUGUAAUACAUGAGCAUUUUUGGGAACCUAGGAAGCUCUGGCCUAGUGAAAGCAGCUCUCACGAGCUCUCCAGCUCCCAUGCUAUCCUCCAAAUAACUUUCUCAAAAUGGAUGCCAGCACAAACCCUUAGCUCUCGUUCUGUGCUUGGCAAGAGCUUCUGGAAGCUAAGAUGAAGCACAGAAGGCAAUUUUUGGCAUUCUGUGUAGUGCAGUGAGGAGGCUGAAUGGUAACACACUGCUCCUGUAGCUCUUUCUGUGGCUCCCUCAGGGCAGCUGUGUCGAUGCUGCAUUUGACUCACCUGGUGAAGGUGAACCAUGGCUUCCACGGCAGGUGCCUGCUGUGCUGACAGGCAGUGACUGAUGGACCCACCAAGCUGAGAGGCUCCAAGAUGCACAUUCUUUACCAUCUCAAAUCAGAAAAUGAGGUUGCAGAGCAGGGUGGUGAUUACUCUGUGGGAUGAAGUGAGGUGGGACUGGGGCCAGAUUGUUAUGUGUUUGUUAAAGAUGUUCAGGGCAAUCUGUUUAGCAGCCUGUAGGUAAUGGAAGAAGUUACGUGGCAGAAAGGCAGCAGGGGUUGUUGAAACAAAUCUGGGAAAAUAAUUGACAGGGUGUCAGACGGCUCAAUGGAGAUAGAAGUCUUGGGGGGUCAUGGCAUAUGCAGACAAAGAGUUGUCAAAUUCAGCAUGACAGUUUUCUUUCACUGCUCUAAAUCUGGAAGAGCCAAAUAUGUCAAACCUGAUCCAUUCUCAUGUCCAUGUGAAGUAGGUAGUAGGAACAGAGCUCAGGGGAGUAAACCACCAAAGGCAGAUUUCUGAAGCACUAAGACUGAGAAAAACAGAAAAGUAAUAGCAUUGUUCUGUUUUGCAAGAAUGCAACAUACAGAAAACCCCAACUCAAAAUUCUAUGCUUCUAAAUUAUAUUCCCAGAGGUCAGCAAUGUAAACAGCACCCACAAUUUACCUCUUGCAAAUUCGACUCAGCUGUGCAACAGUUUUUGCAAACACUGGUCUCAUCAAAUCCCUGCAAGAGCAAGCAGAAUUGUGUGGAAUAAUGAGAACUCAGAAAGGGUUAGGGAUAUGGACUGAAAGCAUUUUGUGGCAACUUUGAAAGUCAGAGCCAGCUUGCCACCGAUCAAAAUAAUGAGUUCAAGGUAGUUUGCAAAGUAGUGGAGUGACAAAAGACAAAACACAGCUUUUAUUUACUGCAUUGGGUCUCUUUAAGAAAUUCAGUUUCUUCUACAAUAGCAAUAUGCCUGCACAAAAUGAUUUUUUUUUAAACAUUUUUUUAGACACUUCAAGAUGUGUGUAACAUCUACCAGCAUCAGCUUGCUUGGUACAUUCUAGUUGUCUUUUCGUCAUGGGCUUACAGCAGUGCUGCUAUUCUGACAGCUAAGUCCAAUCCUUAAGAAAUAAAAUCAAAAAGACAUUCAGGACACUGCAAGAGUAAAGCAGAGAAUGAAAAAGCAGUCUGAAGGAAGAAAAUGACUCAAAUGUUAUGAUCCAAAUAUGUGAGGAUUUUCUGCAACUUUCCAGAAAGGAUGGUGCAAUUCAGUAUUUAAUUUGAUCUCAAGAUCAAAUAAAUAGCCAGGAUGAGAAAGCUGUUUCAGCUCAGUCCUUCUCUCAGCAUCCUUUUCUUAGCCCAGAAACUGUUUUUUUAAAAGAGACCAAAAUUGUUGUGAUGGAUGGGAGAGCUCAAGCACCUGCAAACUCAUGUGUCCGUCAAAGUUCUCUCACACAUCACUUCUCUUCUGGGUUUUCUCUCUUUUUUCAUAUUAGGUAAUAUUAAAGGCUUUUUAUUUUUUAUUUUUUUGUCUUUAAAAAAGGAUGAAAUAAAAACAAAUGUGGACAGGCAAAACCUGAGUUAUCUAGAGCUUUAUUACUCAGAAAUUACUUUAAAUGCCAUCUCAGGAGUGAGCCCCUUCCUUCUACCCACUAGAGACACCCCGGUUGUUUUAACUGUGGCUCUAGUGAUGAAUCCUGUGUGUCUACAUUUAUAAUUAUUUAUAAAUACCAUACAUAUACUUCUAAAAAUCUUACCUGGGUUGUAUCAGAUGUCAUCCAAGAAAGCUUCAACCCAGAGGCAAAGCCAGUUGCUCAGAAUGAAUUGGGUUGGGUGGGAAAGAGGGAUCAUACACAUCAAAGUCUGUCACUGUUCCUCAGCACUGAAAAAAAUCCAGAGUGCAUGCACAGAAAAACAAACCGUAAAUCUGCAAUUAAAUAUACAAUUUUCAGAUGCGCAGCUGUUUAAUGCAGUGAUUUUUGAGGGUUUUUUUAAAGAUACAUGUGGAAGUAGUUUUGGUAUAGACCAGUAGGGAUUAAAGGGUUAAAAAUAGAUAAUUUAUUUUCCUGUAGAAUGGAGUGUCUUACAGGAAUCAAUUGCAUCCAGGUUUUCUGAAUAUUUUUGCAAUGCAAUAAUUCUUUUAAGUUAGUUGGCAAAUACAUGAAGGGGGUUCCAAAUGAAGGCACAAAAAUUUAUGAAAUUGGUUGAGAACUGUAACCAGUUUUUGUUUUUUCAAAGAGAAGCAGAUGAAAAUGAGCAUUAGUACAUAGUAGGCUGAGGAAUGUCUUAGAAAAGGAUUAAUUGUAGUUUCCCUUAGUCUUUUUAGGGCUUUCACUGAGCUGCUAUAUUUUGAGGCAUUAAUUGUAUUCAUUAGAGUU